AUGGACAACAUCUGGCAGGGCCUUAAUGAAGCUCAGAAAACCGCCGUAGCUUCCGAUGCUGCUGUCUUGCAGGUGCUGGCGCCGCCUGGCUCGGGCAAGACCAAGACUCUCACAGCACGCGUCGCGUACCUGGUCGCGCAUCGCCAAUGGAGACCAUGCAACAUCAUCGUCUGCACUUUUACCGUCAAGGCCGCCGCCGAGAUGAAGGAGCGCAUCAAGAACUUCGUCGGUGAAGAGCUCUCGAAGCAACUACAGCUGGGCACUUUCCACUCGGUGGCGUUGCGCUACCUCAAGCGAUAUGGCCAGCACAUUGGGCUCGCCAAAGACUUCGGUAUCGCUGACUCGGCCGACAGCAAAGCCAUCUUGAAACGACUGAUCAAGAAACUGGGUCUAUCCAUGGAGCCUGGGUCAGCGUUCGGCCGGAUAUCAUCGCGGAAAGUGCGCAGCGACGAUGACCCAAAGUCCGGCAAGGGUCCUGCGAAGAAGGGUGUUGAGCAACAGGAGUUCCAGAGGCUGUUCGACGACUACGAGGCCACACUAGCAGCUUCAAAUCUCCUCGACUACGAUGACAUCUUGCUCCGCUGUCACUUCCUGGUGAAGUCACAUCCGCAAUGUGUUUCGGAUGUAGAAGCAGUUCUCAUCGACGAGUUUCAGGACACCAACAACAUCCAGUACGAUCUAAUGACCCUGUUCGCUCAGCAACGCAAUGUCAUCACCAUUGUUGGUGAUCCCGAUCAAAGUAUUUACGGCUUCAGGGCGGCCGAGAUCAAGAAUCUGUCAAGGAUGAAGAAGCAUUGGCCUGAUACUCUCACGAUCCACCUCGAGGAGAACUACCGGUCAUCUGGUGCAAUCCUGCUUGCUGCACAAAAUGUUAUUGAGCAGGACGAAAGUCGGCCGCCGAAGAAGCUGCAGGCGACACAUAGCUAUGGAUUGAGGCCGGUAUUACGAAAGCUGCCAUCGGCAUUCUCCGAAGCUGAAUGGUUAGUGUCUGAGAUCAAGCGAAUGCAAGCUUUAUCCGGCGGCAUGAUGCAGUCAAGCGACUUCGCUGUCUUGCUCAGGUCUGCUGCCCUCUCUCGCGCUAUUGAGACUGCGUUUGGAAAUGCUGGCAUACCGUAUCGAAUGGUGGGCGGCAUGAGGUUUUACGAUCGAGCAGAGGUCAAACUACUCGUUGACUACCUUCGUGUCAUCCACAACCCUCACAAUACUGAAGCAGUCGAGCGCAUCGUCAACGUCCCUUCACGAAAGGUUGGGGAUGAGACAAUCAAGAGACUUCGUGAGGAGGCCACGUCCAAAGGCAUCUCCUUGUGGUCGCUCGUGCUCGACGUUGCACAAGGUCGUUGCUCACCGAAGACCAAGCUGAACGAGCCUGCUCGCAAAGGGUUGGGCUCGUUUGUGAACGUCAUUCUGUGUGGCCACAAGAAAGUUGAAUCAUGGAAACCCGAAGAGGCAUCGAUCGUGGAUCUGAUCAGCAUGAUCACGCAGAAGAUAUCCUUGCAGGCGUAUUUGAAGCAGAAGCAUGCUGACGACGAGACCCAUGAAGCGCGCUGGAACAAUGUUGAAGAGCUCAUGGCGCAAGCUGCCGAUGUCAUGGCUCCUGGUAAGCUUGCAGAGUUGGGCGAAGCUGAUAGCCUGCCGAACGUGGACGAUCUGGAGCAGAGAAGCGACUCCACCCAGGACGCUCUUUCGAUAUUCCUGUCCAACAUCGCACUGACAGCCUCCGCUGAGAAGAAAGCAGAUGAAGACGGCGAGCAGGUGCAGCAAGUCACAAUCUCGACCAUACACGCCUCAAAAGGAUUGGAGUGGCCUGUCGUCUUCAUCCCAGCCUGCUAUGAUGGUUCCAUACCUCACUCACGAGCAGACGAUCACGACGAGGAGCGCAGACUGCUAUACGUCGGCAUGACUCGAGCACAAGCAUUACUUUACCUCAGCUGUCCGAUCAAGAAUACACAACGAGAAGAGACAUCAAUGUCUACUUUUCUGACCCACAAAGGAGUCGGAAAGUUCUUCGAAGAACAUGGUCCGAGCCUGCCUUUCGACGUGAUCACGAGCUUAUCAUCGACCCUCCGGAGAGAAUGUCCUUCAGCUACGCUGAUUACAGAGAGUAAGCGGAACUCGGAGCGCGAUGAAGACAACUACUGGCCGCUCAAUGGAGAGGAAGCCAUGGAAGAGACACGGAGAUGGGAUUACAGCAAGAAGACUGGUACAUUGCCCGGUUUCGGGAGUGCCAAGGCAGCAACAUGGGCCUCUGACACUACCAUGCAGCGCCAGGAAACAUUCUCGAUACCCAACGCACCUCUGCAGACGGGCUUCACUAGCGUCAAAGAAAGAUACGACGAGCUCGUGGAGCAAGGCAAGAUGGAUCGAAGCGACAAGCGGGCAGAAGAAAAGAAGGACAAUCCCAUGGAAACAAAGGGGCGCAAGAGGCAGAUCGAAGGUCAAGGCAGUAUUUCAAGUUUCUUCAAAAAGCCUAAAGAAGCUGCUGAAGUGGUAGAGCAGCCACAGCCCGCUCGUCCAUUGCGCGAGAUACCAAAUGCUGCGAAUCAUGGUGUCUCAAGAACAAUCAGCACGUCACGGCAGUCGGUUCCCGACCGCAAGCCACGAGCGACGCCAAUGUCAUCGAGGCCACAGCCUAGGGCUAGCGACGAUGCCAAUAAUGGGAGAUAUGUCUUCCUCUCCAGUUCGCCGCAGAAAGGGGAUGAUGAGCAGGAACAGCCGUUUAACACGACUGGCGAAAAACAGCAUGAGAGCCAGCCAGCCGCUUCAACAUCGUUCAGACCGGCUUCAACAUUUCACACAACAUCAAUGGCGACAGCAUCCGGGACACAACGUAGAACACUCGGCGUUAGAAGGAGUCUGCAUGGAUGGAGUGAGAGACGAAAGCCGUGA